CCUUCAGCAGUCAAAACUCGAAAGUUUAGAAAGCAAGUGCGCUCGUGUAGGGGAUGGUUUAUCUGCUUUAAAAUGUGAUAAAACGAGUACUUUUAAAUAUGGCAACCAAAUUCCACCAAGCGGCUAGAGACGGUUAUUUGGAUUUACUCAGAGAAGCUACCAGAAAAGACGCAGACACCCCUGACGAAGAUGGAAUGACCCCUACACUCUGGGCCGCCUACUUCGGCAACUUGGAUGCAUUACGACUGCUGGUUGGGAGAGGAGGUGAUGCAGACAAAUGUGACUUGUUGGGGAACACAUCCCUGCACCAUGCGUCCUUCAAUGGUCACCUCCACUGUGUCACAUACCUGGUCAAUUUUGGGGUCAACAUUUGGGCUCUGGACAAUGACCAUCACUCCUCUCUGGACUUGGCCUCCAUGAAGAACCACAUGGAUGUUGUCCGCUUUCUGGAUGGAGUUGUAGCCAAGCAGUCGGCAACAAACCCAAAGUUUGUGAAAAAGAUGAAAGAAAAAGCAGUCCUGGAGGCAGAUGAAAGAUUUAAGAGAUAUGAAAAACUGCAAUUCAAGGCACAAAAAAGGGCAGAAAAAGAAGAACGAAGAAUGUAUGCUGAAGAAAAUCCAGAACCUGCUCAGAAAAGGUCAUUUUUCAAGACGCUGACUCUAAGACUUAAAGGAAGUAAAGUGCAAGAGGAGCUGAACAAAGGAUCAGAACCUGCCAAUACAGAAAACAACCGGGGCGGAACAGUUGGCUACAGUGCUCAUGGUGGGGCAUCUCGUAAAAUUGAAGCUAAGAAAGGCAUACGCAAUGGCAACUUUAAAAUAGGAGGAAUGCAGGCAGAUGGACGUAGAACCAGUCAGUCACUCACAGGUGGCUAUGUUCAUGACUCUGAAAUCAUGUACACUAAAACAGAUGGACAACCCGAGGAAGAUGUAAAUAUGACCAACCAAAUGACAAGCCCAAAUAGAAAGCGACUUGAUGAAUUGUUCGAUAACAUAAGUUUAGAAGGCAAGAAGGGGAGAGAAGGGAAUGCUGACUCAGGGGUAGAUAGCGCAGACUCCCUAAAUAAAAACAAUGCUUUUGGAGUUUUUGAUAGGCCUGGGUUUGGCAACAUGGCAUUUUUGAACCGUGCUGCCAUGUCGCUUCCUCCAGAACACCAGGGAGAAGACGAUGACGAUGGUUUUGACGACAAUGAGUUGAUCGAUCAAGUUGCCAAUGGAAAUGGAAAACAAAGAGAAGGUAGCUACACAGACAGCAUAGGCACUGCCAGCAGCCUUACGUCCAAAGAUCAUAAAAGUACAGAUUGGCAGGAAGAUGAUGCUUAUCUGGAUGAAGAUGAUGAGCAGUGUACGCCACUCGAGUUAUUUUUAGCGUCCCAUGGACUUAUGGAGUUUAUCCCCCAGUUUAACAGAGAGAAGGUGGAUUUGGAAGCAUUAAUGUUGCUGACUGAUUCAGAUUUAAGAGAUUUGAAUGUGCCACUUGGACCCCGUCGCAAAAUACUUGAAGCUGUUGAGAAGCGUAAACUCGUCCUUGGCGAACCAGGGUUCCUUGAAGAUACACACUUGUAGAUAAGACCAGUGCUGGUUUAUGAUAG